AUGAGCGACAUUGAAAAGAAAGGCCCCCAGGCCGCAGACUAUCAAGAGCAGCUGCAGAAUUUGAAGCUGGCGCAGGAAGAUGGCACGUUUGUGCCACCGUCCGCAGAAGAAGAGCAAAAGGUCAUUCGCAAGCUGGAUUGGCGAUUGCUUCCACUUGUGUUUGUCCUCUACUCUCUCGCUGUGCUGGAUCGCAGCAACCUGGGAAAUGCAAGGCUGGCGGGUAUGGAGGAUGAUAUCGACUUGAGCGGUGAUCGGUACAACCUUCUUGGAACCAUCUUCUACAUUGCAUACAUUAUAUCGCAAUGGACCUUGAUCGGCUGGAAACAGUUCAAGCCCCACCGAUACUGCGCUGUUGCGGUAUUUUUCUGGGGGUUCGUGGCCUCCAUCCAGGCGACCGCGUUUAAUUGGGGCGGACUCAUGGCAUGCCGAUUCGCAUUGGGAGUGGCGGAAGCCAUGUUCGGACCAGGCGUUCCUCUAUACUUGACCUAUUUCUACCCUCGAGAGAAGGUCGGCUUCCGGCAUGGCGUCUUCCUUAGUGGAGCAGCCAUGGCAAAUGCUUAUGGAGGUGCUUUGGCAUAUGGUAUCAGCCAGAUCCGCGGCUCCGUCGCUCCUUGGCGUAUCCUGUUCCUGAUCGAAGGUUUGCCAACCCUGGUUGUUGCGGUUGUGACUUGGUUCGUGUUGCCGGACAGUAUCAGCACAUCACCUUUCUUGAACGAGAGGGAGAAGCAGGUGGCUCUGCAUAUGGUCGCCAGAAAUCAGCGCCUCGAUAUUGGUCAGGAAGGCGGCGAAACUGGUGUGAGGUUCAAAGAGUUGCUGGAAGCAUUCAAAGAUCCGAAGUCGUUCCUUCCUGGCAUCAUGUACUUUGGCUGUAACGUCUCCUUUGCAUCUUUGCCACUUUUCCUGCCAACGAUUAUCUCGGAAUUUGGGACCUUCACCAGGAUCCAGUCCAAUGGUUUGUCGGCACCACCAUAUGUCUUUUGCUUCUUCAUGAUCGUCUUGCUAUGCUGGCUGUCGGAUCGCUUCAAGGUUCGAGGACCAUUUGUAGCUCUCGCAGCCACCAUUGCUGCGAUCGGAUUUAUUGUCAAUGCCACGGCGGAUGGUGUAGGACCAAGAUACUUCUCAUGCUUCUUCUCAGUGUGCAUCUUCGCAUCCGUGGCGCUUCUGCUCGCAUGGACCGCCAGUAUGCACUCGAGCGAGAGCAAAAGAGGUGGCGGCUAUACCAUCUUGGCCACGAUAGGACAGUGUGGGCCGUUGCUAGGCACCAACGUAUUCCCCGAAAGCGAAAAGCCGCGAUACACGAAAGGACUUUGGAUCUCGGCAGCGAUGUGCUUGAUGGUGGCUGCUGUUGCGGUCAUCUUAUCGCUGUGGAUCAUUUAUGAGAAUAGAAAGCUAGACAAGGAGGGAGUGCCUGACGAGCAGGAGCUGGAAGACACGAGUAUGGGCCAACCACGCAAACAGAAGUUAGUAUGGUAA